ACCCCGUCGCAUGAAAGCCGAAUUUUAUUCUUCGAGACGACACUAAACAUGUCCAGGGUUCACUUGGUGGACAUUAUUUUGUCAGCUGACCCUUCACUCGAGGCGCACUUCCGAGAAAAACCCCGAUCAGAUCGCGAAUGCUGCUCGGGGUUGCUGAUCUCGGCAGACACAUCAAGGCUCGACGGCUCUGCGUUUUAUUUUUUGAACGAAAAACACUGAAAUAUUCGUCCAUCCGUCACCCUCAACGGCUCUCCAACAUGGCCGCUGCCCGGAGGCUGAAACGCGUGGCGGCCUCGCAGCCAGGCUUUUUGAGUUUGAAGUCUUCCAAUACUGCAGGCGUGGUUGGUAGUCGAAGAAAGCGCUAUAACAAGAACAAGAAAAAGAACUGGAACAAACACAUAGACAUUAAUGACGUCGAGGAUUUUUUAGAAGACAUAAGGCAUCAGGAGAGGACCACCGGUGGCCUGUUGACUGAGAAGCCGGAUGACAGUUUAUUCUUUCUGGAUGUUGGACAGCAACAAAAAGCUGAUCACAAAGCAUCAGCACAGACGGUAAGCAAGAAGAGGAAAGGAAAGUCACAGCGUCCUCUCAGGGUAGACCUGAUCCUCCAGAAUGACUCUCUUGUCCCACCAGUUAAAGAUGUGCUCGCCUACCAGCAGCCCAAUGCUAAGAAACUUCGUUAUAGUGCCAAGAGGGUAGAGCAGCAGGCAGCCAAAGGCAAAGUGCCGCGGCAGCAGAGAAAGCUCCUCAACAGACAGUCGUCGAAUGUAAGAGAAAGAAAGGCUGUGACAGAGGCCAACAACAACCCAAAAAGAGACUAUUAUGACCUCUGGGGACAAGAGUGUAAAAGUUCAGCAGAUCCAUGGUACCUUCAGCAGACUGGCAAGAAGCUGGUCAAGCGGCCAGAGAAAUUGAACGAGAAGCCAUCUGUGCUGCCUUCUGUGGAGGUGAUCGCUCCUGGAGGUUCCUACAACCCAGACUUCUUUUCUCAUCAAGCUUUACUCCAAGAGGCUCAUGACGUGGAGGUUAAAAAGCAUAAAGCGGAAGAAAAAAUUGAUAGACAGCUAGCAAUCAAGAAAGAAGAUCGAGCAACGGAGGAGACGAUCUUUCAGGAGCAAGUAGAAGGCCUGGUGGAGGAGAAUGAAGAUGAAGUCCCUCGUAUCGAGGAGGAAGAGGAUUGUGGGGUUGGAGGAGCCAUCGCACUAGCAGAGAAGAAGACUGAGAGACAAAGGAAGAAAGAAAAGGCAGAAAAAAUUAAGGACCAACAGCGCCUGGCUGAAAGACACCAGACUAAAAGACGCCAACAGCUCUUCCAGCUUCGCUCCAUCAAAGCUGCCAUCAAACAGCAAGAAAAGAGAGCCUGUGCAAGACAGAAACAGCGGAAGGCCAAGAUGGAGGCUCAGAAAGCUCAGCCCAGACGUCUUGGCAAACUCAAGUUCAAGGCUGAGGACCUUGAAAUCAAACUCAGUGAUGAGCUUACCAGUUCCCUACGACAACUAAAGCCAGAGGGCAGCAUCCUCAAGGAUCGCUUUAAGAGUCUGCAGAAGAGGAACCUGAUUGAACCCAGAGAGCGAGCCAAGUUUAAGAGGAAGUACAAGCUGAAGUAUGUGGAGAAGAGAGCUUUUAGAGAGAUCACUUAAUACCACAGAAGCAGAGCCUGAGAAAAUGGGGGCGCUUUAAAAGCCACAAAUGCUACAUAAUGGAACCAUGUGUAUAUCCAACGUAAUGACCCGCUGACCCUUUCAGACAAUCCAACCAUUUUACACAAGUAUGAUGAUGUUUAAUUGAUUAAAAAAAUGCUAUGUAUCAAUGUUGUGUCUGGCCUGGUGUAAAUAUACAAGUUACCCAUUUUGACUUGGUUGUAUUGUUUCUUUUAGUAAUCUAAUGAUUAGAAAAUGACUUUGUUCACGACCUGUAAUGUUUUGCUACCAUUCAAGAGGGAUUUCCAGCUUGGCACAAUGACAAACUCACUUAUGUAGUGUGAUGUUCAGCAGAUUUGUUCGGAUUUAAAUUCAUUUAAAUUUUUUAAAUAAAUAUCAGAGUCCAAGUAGA